AUGCCUCACAGAACGUCCUCUCCCACCAGCACCACCAAGUCAAAAGCCGAGCGCGCAAGACAAUACCUUUCCGUUGGCGGCGUCGCGCGAGAAGACUCGGACGAUGAGUUGGGACUCGAGGACCUUCCAUGGGAAUGGAUCUACUCGAAGGAGCCAGCAAAGAGAGCCGGCGAUAAGCGAGACGUUGUGGGAGCCCGCAUGGGAGACUUCCAGUGCAUGGUCGGCGACUGCGUCUUGCUAAAGGCAGAGGGCACGAACGAAGCAUGGAUUGGCAUGAUCUGCACGUUUGAGGAGGACGAUGAUGGCGAGAAGGCGGCGGAUUUCAUGUGGUUUUCUACCGAGAGGGAGAUUAGGAACAAGGAAAAGAAGAGGACAGAUGCGCUGCCAUACGAAGUCUACAUUACUCCUUCGUGGGACAUAAACCCUUUGACCUCAAUCAACGGUAGAGCUUCCAUCGUCUCAGCCGAGAAGUUCAAAUCCAAGUAUCCGUCUGGGAGGGUUCCACGAUCGUCAAAAGAUUAUGGCAAGAUCUUCAUCUGCCGGAGAGGCUGCAAUACUCGGACAGCUACCUACACCGAUGAAUUCGAUUGGGAACAUAUAUACAGUUCUGCCGACGAUAUACUGCCAUUGAUCGAGCGGGUUCAAAACCAGACCAAGGCAACAAGGAAGAGGAAAAGGGGCGAUGUUGCUAACGAAGACCCUGCGGAUGAUUGGGAUCCCAGCAACGAGCCAGACGAGCCCAAAACUCCGAGUAAGAAGCGCAAGUUCAGUCAAGCCUCAACUCCAACCUCGAAAGCAAAGCGUACUCCUCAAAAGUUCAUCACCCCAACGCACAAGCGCAUAGUGAUCAAGAAAGCCUUGACAUUUACACCUUUGUCCACCCGCAUCCUGUCCCCGCACCACACAUCUUCUCCCUUUCAGCUCGCCCGCACAAAUCUCCAUGUCUCAUCCGUCCCUCUUACGCUCCCCUGCCGGACCGCUGAGUUCGACACCGUUUACACCCACCUCGAAGCAGCCAUCUCCGCGGGCUCUGGCGCUUGUAUAUACAUUUCUGGCACGCCUGGCACAGGCAAGACGGCUACAGUACGCGAAGUCGUCAGUCAGUUGAAUGCCAGUGUGCAGGCGGAGGAGCUGGAUGAUUUCAUCUUUGUCGAGAUUAAUGGUAUGAAAGUCACGGAUCCACAUCAGAGCUACUCGCUAUUAUGGGAGGCCUUGAAGGGGGAACGGGUGAGCGCAUCGCAUGCUCUGGGAUUGCUGGAACGAGAGUUUGACCAUCCGAGUCCGAGGAGAGUGCCGUGUGUGGUACUGAUGGAUGAGCUGGACCAGCUUGUAACGAAGAAUCAGAGCGUCAUGUACAACUUCUUCAAUUGGCCUGGCCUGCGUCACAGUCGACUGAUCGUGCUGGCCGUGGCCAAUACCAUGGACUUGCCAGAGCGGACACUGAGCAACAAGAUCAGCAGUCGGCUUGGCUUGACUCGAAUACUCUUCCCAGGGUAUACACAUGAACAAUUGCAAGAGAUCAUCCGCUCCCGCCUCUCCCACGUCCCAGACAAUAUCGUCGACCCAGACGCCAUCCAAUUCGCCAGUCGAAAAGUUGCAGCGGUGAGCGGCGACGCAAGGCGUGCUCUAGAUAUCUGUCGGCGAGCUGUUGAAAUCGCUGAAGCUGAGAACAUUGCUGCUGAGGACCCCCUGCUGGCUACACCCAGCAAGUUGGCAAGGAGAAAGGAGAAGAAUAAUACUACUUUUGCACAUGAGAAGUCUAAGGGGGGCAAAGUCACCAUUGCAACAGUCAAGCAAGCGAUCAAUGAGGCGACAUCCAGUCCUCUACAACAGUAUCUGAAAGCCUUACCACUAGCCGCGAAAUUGUUUCUUGCAGCCCUUUCAGCACGCACAAGAAGAAGCGGAGUCAGUGAAUGUAUACUAGGCGAUGUUGUAGAGGAGGCGAAAAGGCUAGGAGUGAUGGCAGCGGACUUCCCGAAUGUUCAUGAAUUUCUGUUGACGGAUAGUGCUGCGAGCGCAAGCCAAGAGGAUGGCUUGAGUCUAGGGCUCAAGAAAGGGGCAAAAGCAGGCGCCGUGCCCAGAGUGUUAGGCAUGGGUUUCGCCGCAGCGGAGUUGGCAGAUGCGGGCGUGAUUGGGAUGGAGGGUGGAAGAAGCGGUGACAGGGUUGGGAAGGUCAGGCUGGGAGUAGGCGAUGAGGAGGUCAAGCUUGCGUUGAAAGACGAUGUGGAGGUGAGAGGAUUGGGGUUUGGAUAG